GCUGGCCCGAGACUUUCCGACCGUGUACCAUACAUUCUCCGCUCCAAACAAGGCGGGCAGUGUUCACCUUGUUUUUAAACUUCACUGUUCUGUGAGAGCAGGAAUAGUGUUUUUAAUUGUGGAUGAAUUCAGGUCGUUAUGUCUGACACAUGGAGCAACAUUCAGGCGCACAAGAAGCAGCUGGACUCUCUGCGGGAGAGACUGCAGCGGCGGAGGAAAGACCAGCUCACCUCAGACGUUGGAGGCAGCAGCAGCACGGAAAGCUCGGCAGCCCGGAGUGACAGCCCGGCUCCGUCUGCACCUUUACUCCCUCAAGAAGAGACGGAGAAACCACCAGACCCCGAGCUAGAGAAGAGGCUGCUGGGUUACCUGUCUGAUCUGAGUCUUCCUAUGCCAACAGACUCCCUUGCUAUAACAAAUGAUCUCAGUACUGAAGCGCCUGUUAGUCACGGAUGCAUCCAGAGUCUGCUGCUCAAGUUUUCUGCUCAGGAGCUCAUCGAGGUCAGGCAGUCCAGCUCUUCCUCUUCAUCUACUUCCUCCUCCUCCUCCUCAGUGGUUGUAUCAGUGGACCACACGAAGCUGUGGGCCAUGAUCGGGUCCGGGGCCGGAGCCCAACGAGCCGGCGUCAAGAGAAAAGCAGAGGAUCAAACCCAACACAAAAGAUCGCCGGGCUUCUCGCCUUCGCUCAAGAGCUCCGCUUCUUCUCCUCCGCACGCCUCCUUCUCCUCUCUGACGCCGGCCUCCUCCUCCUCGCAGCUGGCGGGGACUUCAGCGUCCGGGAGCGGGGCUGAGAAGAAGGGUAGGAGCAGUAAGAGCCAGUCGUCACAUAUGGACAUGGAGAUCGAGAGCCUGCUGAACCAACAGUCCACUAAAGAGCAGCAAAGCAAGAAGGUGAGCAGAGAGAUUCUGGAGCUGCUCAAUGCCAGCACAGCCAAGGAGCAGUCCAUCGUAGAGAAGUUCCGAUCACGCGGUCGGGCUCAGGUCCAGGAGUUCUGCGACCAUGGGACCAAAGAGGAGUGUGUGCGCUCUGGGGACACGCCUCAGCCGUGCACUAAGCUGCACUUCCGUCGGAUCAUCAACAAGCACACGGACGAGAGCCUCGGCGACUGCUCCUUCCUUAACACCUGCUUCCACAUGGACACCUGUAAAUACGUCCACUAUGAGAUCGACAGCCCUCCAGAUGCCGAGGGGAGUCUGCUGGGGCCCCAGGCCGGAGCCACCGAGCUCGCCCUGUGUGCAGGAGACGCAGACAGCAAUGUGGGAAAACUGUUCCCCUCGCAGUGGAUAUGCUGCGAUAUCCGCUACCUGGAUGUGUCCAUCCUGGGAAAGUUUGCCGUGGUGAUGGCUGACCCUCCAUGGGACAUCCACAUGGAGCUCCCCUACGGUACACUGACAGACGAUGAGAUGAGAAAACUCAACAUCCCAAUCCUGCAAGAUGACGGCUUCCUCUUCCUCUGGGUCACUGGCAGGGCUAUGGAGCUGGGCAGAGAGUGUCUCAGUCUUUGGGGCUAUGAGCGCGUUGAUGAAAUUAUCUGGGUGAAAACAAACCAGCUUCAGAGAAUCAUCCGCACAGGAAGGACGGGACAUUGGCUGAACCACGGGAAGGAGCACUGCCUGGUGGGUGUGAAGGGAAAUCCUCAAGGCUUCAACAGAGGGUUGGACUGCGAUGUCAUCGUAGCAGAGGUCCGCUCCACCAGUCACAAACCAGAUGAGAUCUACGGCAUGAUAGAGAGACUCUCCCCCGGCACCAGGAAGAUUGAGCUUUUUGGUCGACCCCACAACGUCCAGCCGAACUGGGUCACGCUUGGAAACCAGCUCGACGGCAUCCAUCUCCUGGAUCCCGACGUCGUGGCUCGGUUUAAGGAGCAGUAUCCAGACGGCGUCAUCUCCAAACCCAAAAACAUGCAGUGAUGACUUUAUCAGUGGUCACAGGUUUGGAGACGUUUGUCCAGAGACUGUUUUUUCUUCUUUUUUUUUUUUAUACCAGGUGAACUAAAUUUUCUUAAAUAAAUCUCAUUUACAAGAUAAACAACA